GAGGAGGAGGCGUUUCCCUCCAGCUGCAGAUUUAUGCUGGAGUCCGUGAACGCAUCACCAUCAUCAUCAUCAUCAACAACACUGCUGCUGCUGCUGCAGAGGAGGAGAAGAAGGAGAAUAAGGAGAAGAGGAGAAAUUAACACAAUAAACACGUGCUGCGAGGCUUCGUCCACGCGGCAGCCCGGAGCUGGAGCAGCCACCGCGGGGAGAGCCGAGCCAGAACCCCGGUACCGAGGAGCAGGAGGCGGCGGCGGCGGAGGAGGAGGAGGAGCAGUCAUGGAGACAGAUGGAGAACAGAACCAGCAGACAGCCUCCACCAAUGGGAGCACAGCGUCUGGGAGCACGUCCCGCCCCUCACCCAUGAACUCCAUGUCUCUGUAUGAAAGACAGGCGGUGCAGGCUCUGCAGGCGCUGCAGCGUCAGCCUAACGCCGCUCAGUACUUCCAGCAGCUGAUGCUGCAGCAGCAGAUAAACAACGCUCAGCUGCAGAAUCUGGCUGCUGUUCAACAGGCGACGCUGGCAGCCAGUCGUCAGUCCAGUCCGUCCAGCAGCAGCAGUUCGUCUCAGACGACCAGCACGGCGUCUACGAGUGUAACCGCAGGAUCAGGCUCCGCCCCCAGCAGUCGUCCAACGGUCGCCUCGGCGACAUCCACCAUCAGCCAGUCGGUGCUUCUGAGUGGGACGGCAGCAGGACAGGGACAGAUGUACCUGAGGGUGAACCGCUCGCUCCGCGCUCCCAUCUCCUCUCAGCUCAUCUUCAUGCCCGGUAACACGGCGACCACUGCCGUGGCGACCAUCACGCAGCAGCAGCAGCCACAGGCUCAGCAACAGCAGCCAGAGGUGACUCCGCCCACUUCCUCCUCCAUCAGCUGUCACUCAGACAACGAGCAGGUGCAGAAUUUAGCGAUGAGGGGAGUGGCCUGUCUGAAAGGGGUGGGAGUAAAGACUGAAGCUCCAGACAGGAGUGACUCAGCCUACUCUCUGACUCCGCCCUCCCACCAGUCAAACACACAGUCGCACAGUAAACCGCCCCCGCCGCAGCCCCCGCACAUCAAAAUCCCCACGUAUCCUCAGCCCACGAACCUGAAAGCUCACGCCUCCUCCUUCUCCUCCUCCUCCUCCUCCUCCUCCUCCAUCCCUCUCUCUCAGCUCCUGCUUCACGGAACUCGCACCCUCGCCACGGGAGGCUCCGCCCCCACGGCGGCGCACACCCUGGUCCUCACGUCCAGUGCCGCGUCUCAGCCUCACGGUUACCCGGUCGGCACGGCGACCAUCAAGCCGGCGGUGGGCGCUCAGACGCUGGUGGUUCAGCCGCUGCAGAAAACCUCGCUCGGCGCCGCCGACAAACCAGGCGGCGGUCCGAUUCCCAUCCAGCCCAAAACUCUGCAGGGGCUGCGUCUCCCGCUGCAGCUGCCGUCACGGAACCCUCCGCCCAUCCUCCCUGCGCCGCCACCGUCCGCUGGCUCCGCCCAGACCCCGCAGGCGCCGCACAUCCCCGUCCAGAUCGUGGGCGCGAGGCAGAGCACGCUGGGGAACGCCCAGGCGCUGGCGCUGGCACGGGGAAGCUGCAGCCAGGACGGAGCCGCCGCCCUCAGCAGCUCGUCCAGCCUCCUCACCAUGGUGGCAUCCAUCGCCUCCAGGGAGGGCGGAGUCAUGGGCCGAGGAGGCGUCGGGCUCAAAGCGCUGCAGUCGCCGCAGGAGGUGCCGCAGCUGGCUCAGGUCUCUCAGGUUCAUCCUCAGGCCAAUCAGAGCGCAGCACAGGGUCAGAAUGGCACGCUAGCUUCAGGCUCCGCCUCCGCCCAGCCCGGUGCUGUAUCUUCCUCGCUGUCUCGCUCCUCCCUCUCCCUCGCAUUGACGACAGAAGAGCAGAGAGGAGCGGUGGGCGGAGUCACCGCAAACAGAGAUUCGACGGGAAGUCAGACGCCGCAGGUGAAACACGUCAGCGGUUCGUUAAAAAGAAAAUCGGAUUCUAACUCGGCCAACGAUGAAGAUGGCCCCUCCCCUCCGCGGAUCCAGCCCGUCAGAGACCACGCCUCCGUGCUCCCGACCAAUCCCGUCAAAGCAGGCUCUGUUGCUCCGCCUCUGGCUCCUCCCUCCCCAGUCCUCUCUGUGUCGCGCGGGGGCGGCGGUCAGACAGACAGAGCUCCUCCCCCUCAGGCCGUGGUGAAGCCUCACGUGCUCACUCACCUCAUCGAGGGGUUUGUCAUACAGGAAGGGGCGGAGCCUUUUCCGGUUUGUGGUUCAGUCAAAGACUCGAGCGGCGAGGAUUUGACUAACGACAGCCAGACAGAGACGGUCACCACGGCAACAGUGCUGAAGUGUGAGUACUGUAAAAACUUUGCUCCUGCUGCUCAGUUCAGAGGAACCAAGAGGUUCUGCUCCAUGUCCUGUGCUAAGAGUAUGUAUUGGUUCCCCAGGUACAACGUCAGCUUCAGGCAGCACUUCUGCAUGCGGCAGGGUCACGGCCAGGGUCACGGCCAGGGUCUGGAUGGGGACCAGGGCCACGGUCAGCUCUCUAACUCAGACGAGGAGGGAGGAAUCGCCCGGCGCAGAGUUCCUCGCAGGACCAGCUCUGAAAUAGCCAGCGCUAAGAUAGCAGGGCGCCCCCUACCUGUCAAGUGCCGCUCAGAGUCCAGUCACUCAGACGAGGAGUCGAGUCCAGAGGACGAUGAAGACGACCCCAUGUCCUUGUCUCCGGCCUCUUCAGCCUCCUGCCACCAGCCUCCUCCUCCUCCUCCUCCUCUUCCAGAGGGUUCACCUCCCGGCUGCCUGCUCUCUGUCCCCGCCCAGUGGAGUGUGCAGGAAGUGUCACAGUUUAUCUCGUCACUGCAAGGCUGUGAAGAUCUGGCGUCUCAGUUCCUGUCGCAGGAGAUUGACGGACAGGCGCUGCUGCUGCUGAAGGAGGAGCAUCUCAUGUCCACUAUGAACAUCAAGCUAGGCCCCGCCCUCAAGAUCUGUGCCCACAUCAACACGCUGAGAGACUGACACACACACACACACACACACACAGGCUCCGGUCUGUGGUUUUUUUAAACUUGUUGUUUUUGCACAGGAACACACGCGACAUGAGACGUCUCCUAAAAAUGCUUCUGAACGUGCAGAAUCUUUACUUUCUGCGACAACGUUGCUUUACAUCCACGUGUUUGAUUUUAGGCCUCAUUUAAAACACAGAAACAAACAUUUUUGAAUGUAUUUUUAAAGAAAAUUGCAGAAUUGAGUGCAAUCUGCACAACAUGAGCGCGAUGAUUGUUGUUGUUGUUUUAUAUCGAGCGUUUGUGUCUGUGGACAUUUUUACAAAAGCAGAAGGACAUUGUUUUUGGUCACAGGAGAGUUUUUGACAGUUUUUACUUGUUUUUUCGUUGACAAACGUGUUUUUUUGAAUUAGCGGCCGACUUUAAAAAAGUAAAGAUUUUAAUAUGAAAGCACUCAACAUCUUUAAUGUUAGGUCUAUUUUUAGUUGUUGUGCAUUUAGCGUCAUGGUUCUUUAACUGUGUGUUUAGUUUGACGUACAGGCUAAAGUGAGAGUACAGGGUAACGACCACAGACCAGUCCAAUUACUCAUGCUACAUGUUUUUCUUUUCUCUAACUAGUAACUGGUUAGUUAAUCUGGUCCAGAAAGUGUUGAUCAAACCAAAAAUGAUUCAGUUUGAAUGAUUUUCUUUGUUUUAUGGAGCAAAGAAAGCAGAAAAUAUUCACAUUUAAGAAGCAGAGAAAAUAAGAAAAAUAAUCAAGUACAAGAUGUUUUUCUUUGAUAAAUCUGACUGUGAAGCUUCAACAUAUCUAAAAGAUUCUCUUAGAAAUAGUGUGAGAAAACUUCACUCAUGUUUUCAUGAGCAGACAUUUGUCUUUAUUUAGUUUCUGACGACUAUUUUCUCCAUUAAUCAAACACUUCUUUGGUCCAUAAAUGAUUUUGUUAAUUUCUUUGUCAAAUGAAGCAAAGAAAACAGGAAAUAUUCACAUUUAAGAAGCUGAAAAAUCACAGAAACUCUUAAGUUUGACACUUUAUUUAAAAAAGAGCCAGUAUUUAAUUUGUUAAAGCUGCUGUUGGUGACAUCAUCAUGUUUUUUUUGGCUAAUUUCCCGACCGUUUUGAGAGUGGGCGGAGCAUUUAUUUGUAAACAAACGUUCCAUUUGUUGUCAGAACUCUGACUUUCUUACUUAUUUAUGUAAAAAGCUCUUAAUCGCACUUUUGUUGUAUUUGUUUCACAGUAAAUCAUUCGUAAACAUAGAAAUGUAUUUCAUUUUUAAUACGUAAAAAGUCCCAUUGAAAAUGGAACGCGGCCUAAUUUCAGAUUCACAGCUUUUAAUGUUCAUGUUUUCCGGUGACGAGGAACGACGAGGGCUUGAUUUUGUUUUUGCGUCAUUAAAAAAUAAAGUUUUUAUCUCCUUUUUGAAGAAGAAAACAACAACAACAACGUGGACCUAAGGACAAAAACAACGAGUGACCAAAUGAGUGAAUGAGGAAAAAAUAAACCGUAAACUAUUCUGUAUUGAGUGUAAAAAAUAUUUGCUCUUCUAUUUAAAUGCACUUUUGUUGCCUUUGUUUUUACUGUAGGACUUUAAUUGUGUGUGUGUGUGAGUGAGUGAGUGUGUGUGUGUGUGAACCUUGUGGCCUUUUCUCACUAGAAUUGUCUGUUUUUUUACCUGCUUUUCAUAUCAUUCCUCGUUUUAUAUCAGCGCUUAAACUUCUGCUACUAUAAUUCUAGUUGUUAUUAAUACCUGCGAGCGAUGACAUGCGUUGCCUUUUUACCGCCAACAGUAGCGACCUUGGUCAAGGACACUUUGCCGUCUUCCUUCAUAGCGUCGUAACCAGCGACAGUAUUUAGCGUCUUAGCUGCUGUAGAGCUAUAUUUUUGGGGGCUUUAUCGUCAGUGGCUGUGUUGCUGUUACUUUUUCUUUUUCUUCGAAGAAGGAAGGAAUAAUAAUAAUCUUUGAGAGCAGCUGUGUGUGUUUGUGUUUCUCAGUCGUCACAGAGGAUUUAAAUCAGCAUAAAUUGUGACAGAAAACAGAAAAGUGAUGCGAUAUAUUCCACAGAAUUUCAGCACUUUUCUCAGAAAAUACGCAGUCGAUUGUACAAAUUUCUUUUUUUAAUGAAUGGAAAUGUGCUUCCUUGCAAAAAUCAGAAGAAAAACUGCAAAAUCUUUGGCGGGGACUGGAUUUAACAAUGCUAUCAUGCAAAUAAAUAAUCAAGGAGCUGUUUUAA